AUGGAAAGGCUUUCAGAACGAGUUGGCGCCUCCACCAUUGCUGCUCCUGGUGCUGCUCGUGAUGGCAGUGGCGGUAGCCGCAAUUGCGGGGAGGACAGAUUAAGUGAGGGUUCAACUUCAAGCUCCACCACUGUCGCUCAUGGUGCUUCAGGAGAAGGAGAAUUGUCGAUCCAAGGGGGGGCUACUGGAGGGGAACAAGUCGGUAGAGCCAGUUUGGAAUCAGAUGCUGCUGCUGUUGGAGUGGGGGCUCGAAGGAGUGGCUCUCCUCCUGGUGGUGGGAGUCGGACUGAUGCAGUGCACACGGGCGGUGGGGAUAAGGGGAGGAGUGAUGGCAGAGAACAAGGAGCAGUUGUAGGAGACGAGAUAGAGUCAUGCAGCAACGAAAGCAGCAAGAGCAGUGGAGGGGUGGAGGUGGAGAGGAGUGAUAAGAGCCGGAGCUCAACAUUGGUGAAUCUGGCCGCUGCCACUGAGACUGGCAUUCUGGUCGUGCUUCUCACCAACCCUAUCUGGCUCGCCAAGACGCGCCUGCAGCUGCAGGGGGCCAUGGAUCCCAAGGGACCACCACACCAUGCAGCGGCCCCCAACGCCAUCUGGUCAAUAGUGAAGGAGGAGGGCGUUAGAGGGCUGUACAGAGGCAUCGGUCCAAGCCUGGUCUUGGUGUCGCAUGGGGCCAUUCAGAUGGCGGCGUAUGAGGAGCUGAAGCAGCUCAUGCUGGCUCUGCGAUCACCCACAGCAUGGGCACCACGUACACCCUCUCCACCACACGUUGACUCACAUCCCUCCUCCUUCUCUCUUCCUGCUGUAACAGAGCUGUCCCCAUGGGACAUAGCUGCAGUGGGAGCAACUGCCAAGCUGUGUGCUGCCUCUGCCACCUACCCCUACCAGGUACAGCACCCAUUGACUCUCAUUGCCCCUACCACCAGGUAUGGCACCCGCGGACUUGUCAAGCUGGAUACUUCUUCUGGGUAG